AACAAAUUACGUGUAACUAUAAAAGCCCAAACACUUACACCGUGGCGUCGUCACUUUCAAGUACACGUCACGUCACUGACGGUGCAAGUUAACAACACUCAGUUUAGCUGCUCAGCCCCCGCGUUUUUGGCUUCUCAUCAGGUUUUUAAAAAGAAGCGAAGUAGAAAUAUGUGCUGAUUCCGACGAAAAUUCUGGCCAAACCCUACCGGAAUUCUCUUUCUCGGACAAGAAAGAAUGGCAAUGCCGUGCUAUUUCGUUGCAUUUUCAGCUCAGUAGAACUUGAAUUUGUCGAGUAAUCAAAUUGAUUAAGCAUUUGAUGGUUAAAUUUAAAGCAAUUGCUUAAUUGUAAUCUAAUGGGGAGUAUCAAGCCUUUGCCCGAGUCUGUUCGUAAUUCGUUACGUUCUGGGAUUAUAUUGUUUGAUUUGACGCGAGUUGUCGAGGAACUGGUUUUUAAUAGCUUGGAUGCUGGUGCUACAAAAGUGUCUGUCUAUGUGGGUAUUGGAACUUGCUAUGUAAAAGUGGUGGAUGAUGGAUGUGGCAUCUCUCGGGAUGGAUUGGUCUUGUUGGGAGAAAGAUAUGUGACAUCAAAGCUUCAUCAUCUGGCUGAUAUGGAUUCUGCUAACGAGAGCUUUGGUUUCCGAGGAGAAGCAUUGGCUUCUAUUUCUGAUGUCUCUUUGUUAGAAAUUGUUACAAAAGCUCGUGGGAUGCCAAAUGGAUAUCGUAAGGUCCUAAAGGGAUCAAGGUGUUUGUAUCUUGGAGUCAAUGAUGAUAGGAAAGAUGUUGGCACAACAGUUGUUGUUCGUGAUUUAUUUUACAACCAACCUGUUCGAAGAAAGUGUAUGCAAUCAAGUCUCAAGAAGGUUUUGAACUCUGUCAAAAAAUGUGUGCUUCGUAUUGCGCUUGUGCGUCCAAAGGUUGCCUUCAAAGUUGUUGACACUGAAAAUGAAGAUGAGCUUCUUUGCACACGUCCUUCUUCUGCAUUGUCACUAUUGAUGAGUGGCUUUGGGAUUGAGGAUUCUUGCUUCUUUCAUGAAUUGGAUGUUAGCAAUGGGGUCUUAAAGCUUUCGGGAUAUAUAUCUGGUCCAUGUGAUAGUUUAACCUUCAAGGCUUUUCAAUAUGUUUAUAUCAACUCACGGUUUGUCUGCAAAGGUCCAAUACACAAAUUGCUAACUCACUUGGCCACUAGAUUUGAGCGUCUGGACUCUUGGAAAGCUAAUAGCAUGUCUGAAAAAGGAAAGAAGUGUAAGCCUCAAGCAUGUCCAGCCUAUAUUCUAAAUUUAAGUUGCCCUUCAGCUCUCUAUGAUUUAUCUUUUGAGCCUUCAAAGACACAUGCUGAGUUCAAGGAUUGGAUGCAUAUACUUGAUUUUGUCGAGAACUCCAUUCAACAACUAUGGAGGGAAAAAAUGAUCUAUGCAGAAUCCUUUGCAACUGGUACAUUGAGGAAAGACAAAAUCUGGAAGGAAGAUUUUCUUGAUGCAGAUGUUUCAGAGAAUUUUGAAUUUGCAGUAAAUAAGUGUGAGAUUCAAAAACAUAAGUCCUCUCAUCACCAUGCUUCCUCCCAUUUCAAGAUACCAGCCAAAGAGGUUGGCCAUAUUUAUAGCAGGGGGAGUGACAAAGUUCCAUUUCAAGGGUUUUGCAUGAAUAUUUCUGAAUUCAAAGAACAAGAAACUGAUACAGAAUUUUUGUGUCAUAGUGACUACACUUUGCAAUCAUGGAAUGGCUACCUUUCUAAGCAUGCAUCCACGAUAAACCAGAAGAGUGACAAUCAUCUAUGGACAUCUGAUGACAACUUUUUGUCAUCAGGUGAUUAUUUCCUGGAAGAUAGAUUCACAGCUAGACAAAGAUCUAGUGAUUAUGAGCAGGGCGAUACCUUGGGCUUAGAGUGGCAGAGUGAAUCCCCUAAAAUAACAUCUGUUGAAAUAAAAGAAUUUUCUGGGGGUCCAUUUUCUUUAGAUUAUCACAAAUUUGGUGAUGAAUUAGAGGUUAGCAAGAACAAUGAAAAACCUUUUUUAAAGAGUUGCUCCUCACAAAGAAGCAUGCCACUUGAUAGGUCUUUGUUUAAAAGUGAGGAAGGUCUUGAAUUUCCAAUUAAUGACUUCAAGACCAAAAGAAGACGGGUUUGCUUUGAUGAGAAGGUUCACAUUCUAAAGAUUGACGCCAGGGACCACAGAUUUGAUAUCAUUCCAGGGGCCAUGCAGCAGCAUGAGGCAACAUGCUCUCAGAAGUUUCCUGUACUUAGCAUGGGAGUUGACAUGCCUGCAGGUUUUGAUAGUCUGUCUAGAGCUUGUGAGAAGUCAUUUUCAUUCCAUGGAAAGCUUUGUGCUGAAGAGAAGGGUCUUGGUUCAGAUUCAUUUGUACCAUUUGAUAGCUCUGUUUCAUGCUACCAGUCUGGAAAUUCUGAAUGGCAUUCUCUCACUACAGAUGCAUUAUUUAAAAAGACAUCUUCUGCCGUGGAGCAUUCUUCAGAUGACAAUUCUUAUGAAUGGAGAGCAAGGUUGGGUAAAAGAGAAAGUUGUUGGCAUUUUGCGGAUGGUGAAGAAACAGAGGAAAGCUGUAGUUAUAAAAUGGCAUCAAACAGAUCUAAUGAAGAUAAUUUCAUCUCAAAGCAUGCAAGCACUAUGUCAGAUGUUAAGGAUCAUUCUGCAACUCCUAUAGAUUUCAGCAAACCCCUCCAAGGAUACAAUUUAAAUGAUGAAUUAUCUUUAGAACAUUCUGAUGUAUCAGUUUGUGAGACAGAGUGGUUACAGUUAGAUUUGUAUUCUGGAGGUCUCAAAAGUGAUGACAAGUAUGAAAACCAAGAAAAUCAACUUAGAUGUCGAGAUUGGAAACAAGGUAAAUUUCCUAAAGAAAGGUGCAGAAGAAGUCGAUCAGCUCCACCAUUUUACAGAAACAAGAAGAGGUUUAUUUCUUUGAGCCAUCAUUCUACGAUGAAAGAGGGAAAUGCUCAGUUGUUCCAUGAUGGCCUUACUUCUUCAGAAACUGAUGACUUGGAGCAUCUAAAGUUUCAGCCAAAUUAUGUAGCGAAUUCAUUGUUUUGCACUAGGUCCUAUUUGAAGAAUGGACAAGACACUGUGCUGGAAAUGAAGGAGAGCAAAGCAAAUGAAAAUUGCAUACACUCCCAAUCUCUUUGGUCUCAUGAUUCUCCAGUUGAAGGUCUUAUUCCAAAGCAAAUUCAGUGCUCAACUGAUUAUGGGACCAAAUGGCGGAAUGGUAGUCAGCAAGUUGCAUGCAACAACACAUCAAGCAAUGUUGACAAUCAGCGUAACAUCCUUGAUAUCUCUUCUGGAUUCUUGCACCUUGCUGGCAAUUCACUAGUACCAGAAUCUUUCCAUAAGAAUUUCCUAGAGGAUGCCAAAGUUCUUCAGCAGGUGGACAAGAAAUUCAUCCCAAUCAUGGCUGGUGGGACACUUGCUGUUAUAGACCAGCAUGCUGCUGAUGAAAGGAUUCGACUGGAAGAGCUUCGUCAAAAGGUAAUAUCUGGGGAGGGAAGGACAAUUGCCUAUUUGGAUGCUGAAAAAGAGCUGAUCCUUCCAGAGAUAGGGUAUCAGCUACUUCACAGUUAUGGUGAACAAAUAAGAGAUUGGGGAUGGAUCUGCAACAUUGAAGGACAAGGUUCUGGCAGCUUUAAGAAGAAUCUGAAUAUUCUUCACCAGCGACCAACUAUGGUCACUCUUCUUGCGGUACCCUGCAUUUUAGGUGUCAAUUUAUCCGAUGGUGACCUGUUAGAAUUUCUUCAGCAGCUUGCUGAUACAGAUGGCUCUUCUACAAUGCCUCCAUCUGUUAUUCGUGUCCUAAAUUUUAAAGCAUGCAGGGGUGCAAUCAUGUUUGGAGAUUCUUUGCUACCAUCAGAAUGUGCACUUAUUGUUGAGGAGCUAAAAAAGACUUCACUUUCUCUGCAAUGUGCUCACGGGAGACCAACAACUGUUCCCCUUGUCAACUUGGUGGAACUUCAUAAGCAGAUAGCUAAAAUUGCAGCGUUGGAUGAUAGUUCAAGUGAGUCGUGGCAUGGGCUACACCGUCAGGAACUAAGUUUAGAACGAGCGGCACAGCGUUUAAGCACAGCUAGAGGUUAGUGGUUGAUGACAAACCGAUUACUGCUUUUGCACAUUCAUUGCAGUGAAUUUGUGCUGCUAUAAGUAGAGAAACAUUGAUUGUAAAGUCAUUCUUUGUUGACUAGUAGUGUGUAUAACUCAGACAUAUUAGUCAUACAAAUUAUGUCGGCAGAUUCCACUUUGUGUAUUGAGAGAGUGGAUCUUCUUCUUCCAUUGAUUCUGUAUUCACAUGUGAUGCUCAAAAUUCUGUUUCUUUUUGUUCUCUUGAA